AUGAUAGAGUUGUUUCAAAGCAAUCCACAUCGAGGAUCGGGAGUGACCGGACUUUUUUUUGACUGCGAUGAUGGUCUGGACGUAUCCAGCGAUCACACGGGCGACCCUUCACAAAGAGUUGCCAACAUUCAGACUAAAACUCAUGAUCGUCACCGAGUAGAACACCGCAGUCAUCACACAUUUUACUCUUCUCCACCAGCAUUCACCUCGCCUUCCUUUUGUACGGACCAGCCUAUGCCAGUUCCUAGUAAUCUUGAUAUAGUUCGAACCAAAAAACCUAAACUUGGCGAUUUAUUCCACAAUUCAAUUGAAGAUGAUGUCCAGUUUACUUUUGGCACUGCAUCUGCUCUUGACAGCUCACAGGCAGUCGAGACUCGAUUGAAACUAGAUGACAUUAUGGAUCUACCAUCACAAUCUUCUAUUACAUCCCCUUUUGAUAGAGAUCAUACUUCCAUUGCUACCCAAGAAGCAAAACUGUCACUCAUGUUUUCUGAUACAGAUGACAACAAUGAGGAUACAGAAAACGACUUGCUGCUUCAACAUGCUCAACAGCAUUCGAAAAUACAUCAGGAAAUGAAUCAAGAGCCUUCUACUCGAGUUGACAGUAUAUUGAAUCGCAUUUUUGUUUCAGACGAGAGUAUUCCUCAUUCCUCAUCUAACGAACCAGAGAUUCACCAGAUUGCUGGACUCAAACGAUCUCGAACAGGACUGUUGUUUGAUAGUGGCGAUGAGGAUGGAAUAAAUGAAUACGAUUCGUUUGGACAAUCAUUGUCUUCCCCUCAGCGUACUCGACAGCUGGAGUACAACUACAGUGUUUUUUCUCACACAAAUGCAACCGCCGAAUCGUUCAAUUCCACCGCGUCUUCACUUGAGCUUAAAAAAGGUGCUGAGCAACCCACUUUAUCAGCACCUCAGAAUCAUCACAAUGCAUUGUCCAUGUUUAGAACCAGUGAUAUUCUUAAUGUAACUGCAGACUCAUCCACCCCUGUUAACAUGGCCGCAAUUAGAAUGGAUCCUGUAUUCGCGAUGAUGCAAAAUAGUAAAACUGCUUCUGCAAUUACACCAACAAAAAACAAUACUCCCGCAUCUUCCUCAAAACACAUACCGCCACAAGAUCGGAGAGAUAAAGCGACCCAACUGGAUGAGUCAUUGCGAAGUGCAGCUCAGUCAGUUAUGGCUCAGAUUGCUGCAAAAACCCUAUCUUCUAGCAUUACCGAUGCUACAGAAAAAAAUACGCCGUCUAAUCGCGAUAGUCUGUUGUAUAAGCAUGCACCCACUGAUCGGUCAUUUGUAACUGCAGUGACUUCAUCUGGAACACGAUUUUAUUUUCCAAAACAACUGAAAAAUGGACACUCUAGUAAACGAUCCAUUACAGCUGAUCUAGCUAAUAAUCCCUCUACCUCAUCCACAAAACUAAACACUAAUUUAAGAGAAGAGGUGAUACAUAAAGAGUACCUGUCUACACCAAUUCAUAGGUUAAUGGAGCAAGUCCAAGGAAUUCGCACACAGCUGCAAAUGGACAAGAUGCUGGCUGAUGAACACGCUAGCCGCAAUAUGGCUUUUAAUCAAUCCUCCACACUCAUUAAACUUGAAAAGAAAGGCACGGCCGAGGCUUUGUGGGUUGAUAAGUAUCGACCCAAAAUGUAUGUUGACAUGGUUGGAGAUGAGCAACUAAAUCGACAAGUGCUUACUUGGGUAAAGCAAUGGGACUAUUGCGUGUUUGGAAAGCCCGUGAAACGAACAUUGGCCACCAUGAAUCAAUCUCAGUUUCGAAAAAAGUCGCUAUUUGACCAGCACAAGGCAAGUGUUCCAGUGGAUAAACUUCAACGACCAGAUCGCCGUAUUUUAUUUUUGUGUGGUCCACCUGGUUUAGGCAAAACCACUCUUGCUCAUGUUGUUGCACAUCAUGCCGGAUACAAUGUUGUAGAAAUCAAUGCCAGUGAUGAUCGCACUACAGCGGUGCUCAAGGACAAAAUUAUAAGUGCGGUGGAAUCCCAAGCUGUUAUGGGCAACAAAAAGCCUAAUCUGGUGAUUAUAGAUGAAAUUGAUGGUGUUAAUGCAGGCGGCGGUGAUCAGGCUUUUAUCAAAAUGCUGAUCAAAUUGACCGAAACCAAAGAUAGUGCAGAAGACUCUGACUUCAAAUCAUCCAAAAAAGUAACAAAGCUCAAAAAAAAGGUACAACGCCAACUUAGACGUCCCAUAAUAUGUAUUUGCAAUGACCAAUACGCUCAAGUUCUUCGACCCCUUCGCCAAGUUGCACAAGUUUUCACGUUUCGUCCACCUCCAUUUCAAGCUUUAGCAAAGCGUCUCUACGAGAUAUGUCGAUGGGAGGGACUACAUGCUGAUCUUCGCACCAUGAUGGCGUUGUGUGAAAUGACUCAAGGCGAUAUGCGAUCUGCAAUACAUACGCUUCAGUUUUUGAGUAGCAAAGCGGACCAUUUGACAAAGGAAAUGCUGUUGGGAAUAGAUAUUGGACACAAGGAUUUUUCAAGAGGAUUAUUUAAAGUGUGGCAGAUGCUGUUUAGUAUGCCUAGUGUGAAAGAAGCCAAAAGAGUCGGAUAUAUGACCAGAGACGAGAUUGACGCAAACAGAGCACCGAAACAGGUUCAAACAGACGUGUAUAUCGACCGCAUUGUUUCUACUCUUCAGCAUGCAGGAGAAUAUGACAAGAUCAUGCAAGGCUGCUUUGAAUUUUACCCCCAGACAUCUAGAUUUGAGACGAUGCGGUCUACAUCUCAAAAACAAUUACACUCGGAUGAUAUUUCUGACACUACCAACAUAUUCGAUCAACUCGAGUCUCGUAUCACUCGCAAUCAACAGUUUGAACUUAUGCCUUAUCAGCCCUAUAUGUUGGUUAAUUUCUAUCGCCUUUUUGCCAAUGCUCAAGGACGACACAUGAAGAUGGAAUUUCCUCGAGCAGAUUAUGCCGCAUUUGUUGCCAAAAGGGAAACGGAAGGUAUCAUGCAGACGUUUAUUACGGCUGCCAAAUGUGGAGAGUGGAGACAGAUAUCAACUGUUAGACUUGAAUUGGUACCGUUUUUGGUUGCAAUUUUGUCACCAGAGCUUCGACCAGCAAACAUCCAGUCACUGAGUCCGACAGAACAAGCCACGCUUGAUCGAUUGGUAUCUAUCAUGUCGACCUUUGGAAUCCGAAUGAUACCCAAAGUUAGGCCCACGGGUCAUACAUUACUUGAAUUUGAUCCACCUAUUCAUGAUAUACUGAUACUGGAUCAGACGCGACAACCCAUAAAUGAGCCAUCACAAACAAUCAAGCAGCUUAUAUCUCACGAAAUUGAACGCAACAUUGUUAGAAAAAAAGAUUUGGCGAUGCAGAAUGAGAUGGCAAAACGAAACGCUACCACAUCUAGCCGUGUAUUGAAUCCAGAAGAUAAAUCCACAGUAUUAGCCGAAACAUUAAAGAAAGCGAUUGUAUCUAGACAAGUAAUGGUUCCUAUUGAAGAACAGCCUGUACGUGACUUUUUUGGUCGACUGGUCGAUACCAAAGUACCCACAGUCCUCGCCAUGUCUGAUAAAGAAAACAAAGCACCAGAAUCACUGGUGAGGCUAGCUUACAAAUACAACGAAGGAUUUUCCAACGCCGUUCGAACAACUGUCUAUGUGAAGGACUUUUUUUAA